AUGAAAGUCGCUGAGAAGUACGAGUGUAGCUGUGUGGUCCACAGCAUCCCUAGUGGGUCGGAUGAGGUUAUCAUCCUGCAGAUGGCUGCCCUGGUCACGGAGCCAGCAGGUAGUUGCUCUGCUUUCAAGGAGGUGAGGCAGAUGGAAGAUGAUACACGUCAACAGAUAAUCAUAGGGCCUGAGCCGCGGAGCUGUGAUGAGCUGAGUCACAGUGCUGCCAUGGCUAAAGAAAUGUCAACGAUUGGGAGCUUUGAAGGAUUCCAGCCAGUGUCCCUGAAGCAAGAGGGAGAUGACCAACCUUCUGAGACUGACCGCUUGGCCAUGGACGAGGGGGACUCGGGCAAGAAACCAGGACAAAGGCGGAUCUCAAGACAGCCGAGCGUGACUAAGUCGACGCUUUACCCCAAUCCGUAUCACCAGCCCUAUGCUUCACGAAAGUACUUUGCUACCCGGCCAGGGGCCAUUGAGACUGCCGUGGAAGACCUGAGGGGACACAUCACACAAACCUCUGGAGAGACGGUUCAAGGCUUCUGGCUCCUGACAGAGAUUGAUCACUGGAACAACGAGAAGGAGAAGAUCCUGAUGCUCACAGACAAGACCCUCUUGAUCUGCAAAUAUGACUUCAUCAUGCUUAGCUGUGUGCAGACGCAGCAGAUUCCUCUGAGUGCCAUCUGCCGCGUCUACCUGGGCAAGUUUGUCUUCCCGGGGAUGUCUCUGGACAAUUGUCUGGAUUCACAUCCAAGCUCAUCCCAGCUAUUGAGAAGGCUCACAAGAAUUCUGCUGGGUCUGGAAGAGAAGAGGAACUGAUGGUGUUAACCCAACCCAUUCUGAUUGAGACCUACGCGGGGCUCAUGUCAUUCAUUGGGAACCGAAACAAACUUGGCUAUUCCCUUGCUCGGGGGAGUAUCGGCUUUUGAGACUCUUUGUAACAAAGUACAUCAUCUGUAGAUAACCUAUGUGUUUAAAUUCCCUAUAUUGCUUGGAUUCCAAUAGUUACUUUCAAGCAAUAUUUAAAAGGCUGAUUUGCUAGUGUUUUAGGAAGCUAAAAGCUUGAUUAAACUGGUAGACAUUUGAAGCCUCAUAUGAGAGAAGUCAAAUUUCUGUAAAACCUGACUAGACACUUCUAGAGCUCAUGAAAUGUUAUAUAACUUUAAAAUGUUAAUGUAAUUUAAAAUCUCUGGGUAGAAUCCAUGAUGUAACUUAAUUUUAAAUCUGCUAAAGUUUAAAUUUUUGUCUUUCUCUUCCUCGCAUCCACGGGCACUUUGAACAGUUUAGUGUUCAGCCCCUGAACCGUUUCAUUCUCACGAGGCUCUCACUGGUUCCCCUAUUGUAGCUGCCAUUAUGAGGACAUUUUCAUCCACAGUUGUAUUUCUCAUAUUUCUCCCAAGGCUCAGAAUACACCCUAUAUCUUCCACUCAUCCGUGCGUCGGCCUUUCUGGUGCUGCCUUACAUUAAUCACUUCCCAAAUCCAGAACAUUUUGUUUCUUUUAUAUAAUCCACUCCUCAAACCUACCGAUUUCAACUGGCUUGAAAUCUAAGUCAAAUGCAUUCCAUAAUAAAACAUGGAUAUGUGGCAUAACCUUGUAUCCAAACUUAAAAUACCUUCUCCUAAGACUAUAUGUAUAACUCAAUAGCAUAGUGCUUUCCCAAAUUGUAGAAAGCCUUGAACUUGAUUCUUAGCAUUGACGAGAAAAAGAUGAAUGAAACAUCAAAAACCACCCACAGCCUCCUUCUCAAUUCCAUCGUUCACCGACAGUGUUGGAUCAGGUUUUCAAUUGUUAACAUGGUCUCUUAAUUAGGAGCUCCACUCCAAGGCUUUUUCAAUUAGGCCUUCACCUCCUGUCAGUUUCUAAAGCACAAUUUGAUCAUAACACUGUCCGUCAAUCCUGGCCAACAGCUCAUUCUACUUGCAGCAUUAUUUUCAAGUAUUCAUUUUAACGACGUCUCCUCUUCCAAGGACAUCUUUUGUGGAAUGUCAGCAUAGGACACAGAAGAAGCAAGAGCCCCAGGGUUAGAGUGAGGUUGGGACUGGCUUUCUCCUCUAACAGGUUCACUAUCUCAAAGGAAUUGGGGGGCAUGAUUUCAAAAUACUGUCUUCGUUAAUUUAAUCCCCAUCUCUUUUUCCUUCUAUUUCUUCUGGUGUUCUCCUGACUUAUCUCUGACUUUGAACA